CUCGAGAUUGCGGCAGGCCAGGUGGUCGCGCUGUGCGGCCCGUCGGGCUCGGGCAAGAGCACCAUCAUCGGGCUGCUCCAGCGCUUCUACGACCCGCAGGCGGGCACUCUGAUGCUGGACGGCGUCGACAUCCGCACCCUCAACCUCCGCUGGCUGCGGCAGCAGAUUGGUGUCGUCGGGCAGGAGCCGGUGCUCUUCGAGGGCACCGUCGCCGAAAACAUUGGAUACGGCAGGGAGGGCGCGACGGAGGGCGAGAUCGAGGAGGCGGCACAGCAGGCAAACGCGCACGGCUUCAUCAUAAACGACCUCGGCGACGGGUACGCCACUCAGGUGGGCCUGCGCGGCGGACGGCUCUCGGGGGGCCAGAAGCAGAGGGUCGCGAUCGCGCGCGCGCUCGUGCGCAAGCCCGCCAUCAUGCUGCUCGACGAGGCGACUAGCGCCCUCGACAACGAGAGCGAGAAGAUCGCGGCGCUCGACGAAAUCAUGUCGAAGAUGAAGCGCACGACCAUCACGAUCGCCCACCGCCUCUCCACGAUUCGCAGCGCCGACAAGAUCGCGGUUAUAUCGGGCGGGCAGGUGGUCGAGCAAGGGUCGCACGACGAGCUCCUGCAAAUCGGCCCCAAGGGCGUCUACUUCCAGCUUGUCGCGGCGCAGCAGUAA